AUGAAAGAAAUAACAAAAAGAGAAAGCAAAAAGAAAACAAACCCGAAAACAAAAGUUGCCGCCGCCGCCGCCGCCGCCGCCGCAGUUGUCUUCCACGCCGUCCCACAGGCACUCAAGAAGUACCCCCCCUGUGUGCGGCUGGCACACAAGAGGUCGCCCCCCUGUGCGGCUGGCACACAAGAGGCGGCCCCUGAAGGCAACAGGCGAGCAGAGUUACCCAACCCCGACUUGGGGGCCCGUCGCAUCGUCGACGGCCUCGGCCGGAACACCAUGGUCGGCCCUGUCUAUGAUGUUGGCAACCAUGUUGGCGUUCAUGCCAACCAGUUCUGUGUUGGCGGAUCUGAGCCAUCCGACCGCAGGCGAGAAACCCAUGGCUUUCUCAAGCUGAUCUAG